CCAUUUCCGUGUGUACUUCAUGGACACCACCGAGCUCCUGGAGAACAGCUACGUCUUGGCCAUCCUGCUCUUCCUGGCGCUCGUCCUGCAGAGAACCUUCCUGCAGGCGUCCUACUACGUCACCAUCGAGACGGGCAUCAACCUGAGGGGCGCGCUGCUGGCAAUGAUCUACAACAAAAUCCUGCGACUGUCCACCUCCAACAUGUCGAUGGGGGAGAUGACUCUGGGGCAGAUAAACAACCUGGUCGCCAUAGAAACCAACCAGCUGAUGUGGUUCCUCUUCCUCUGCCCCAACCUCUGGGCCAUGCCUGUUCAGAUUGUGAUGGGAGUGAUUCUGCUCUACAACUUCCUGAGCUGGAGCGCCUUAGUUGGGGCGUCGGUCAUAGUUCUGCUGGCGCCGGUUCAGUACCUCAUCGCCACAAAGCUGGCAGAAACACAGAAGAGCGCCCUGGAACACUCCACAGACCGUCUGAAACAGACGACGGAGAUCCUGAAGGGCAUUAAGCUGCUGAAGCUCUACGCCUGGGAGGACAUCUUCUGCGACAGCGUGGAGCAAACCAGAGGCAAAGAGCUGACCAGCCUCCGGACGUUUGCUUUCUACACCUCCAUGUCCAUUUUCAUGAACGCUGCUAUUCCCAUUGCUGCCGUUCUUGCUACGUUUGGGGUUCAUCACUUCCUCACCAGCAGCAUUCCCAGUCCCUCUCAAGCCUUCGCAGCGCUGGCGCUUUUCCACAUCCUGGUCACGCCGCUCUUCCUGCUCUCCACUGUGGUCAGAUUUGCGGUGAAGGCUCUGGUCAGUGUCCAGAAGCUUGGUGAGUUUCUCCAGAGUGAUGAAAUCGGGGACGACAGCUGGAGAAAUGGAGAUAUAUCAGUUUCCCUGGACGUAGGGAAGAAACACCUGGGGAUGACCAAAGCCAUCAACAGGAAGCAGCCGAUGCGCUACCAGAUGGACAACUACGAGCAGCCGAGCCGGCGGGCGAUGAGGCCCAUCGAGACGGAGGAUGUGGCCGUAAAGGUGAGCAGCGGCUCCUUCACCUGGGGAAACAACCAGCUGACGCUGUCAGACAUCAGCAUACGCAUCCCCACAGGUCAGUUAACGAUGAUCGUGGGUCAGGUGGGAUGUGGGAAAUCCUCCCUGCUGCUGGCCAUGCUGGGUGAGAUGCAAGCAAUCGAUGGAAGAGUUUUCUGGAGCAAGCUGCCUGAUUGUGAGAUGGCCCACGAAGGGAAUAUCAGUUGGUCAGAGACCGAGGACUCUGAGGAGGACGUGGGGAGCAAGAACAGGAACUCUGUAGCCUACGCCGCCCAGAAGUCCUGGCUGCUUAACGCCACGGUGGAGGAAAACAUCACCUUUGGCAGUCCCUUCAACAAGCAACGGUACAAAGCUGUGAUCGACGCCUGCUCCCUUCAGCCGGACAUCGACCUGCUGCCGUUUGGAGACCAGACCGAGAUUGGCGAGAGGGGCAUCAACCUGAGUGGGGGGCAGAGGCAGAGAAUCUGUGUGGCCAGGGCUUUGUACCAAAACACCAACAUCGUCUUCCUGGACGACCCGUUUUCAGCGCUGGACAUCCACCUGAGCGAUCACCUGAUGCAGGAGGGAAUCCUGAAGUUUCUGCAGGACGAUAAGCGAACCGUGGUCCUCGUCACCCACAAGCUGCAGUACCUCAUUCACGCAGACUGGAUCAUAGCGAUGAAGGACGGCUCGGUCCUCAGAGAGGGAACCCUGAAGGACAUUCAGACUCACGACACGGAGCUUUACGAUCACUGGAAAACGCUGAUGAACAGGCAGGACCAGGAGCUGGAGAAGGACAUUCAGCAGGACAGUCAGACGACUCUGGAGAGGAAGACGCUGCGCAGAGCGUUCUACUCCAGGGAACCGAAGAACCAGAUGGACGAUGAGGACGAAGAGGAGGAAGAGGAGGAAGAAGACGACGAUAAUUUCUCCACCACAACCAGCAGACGGUCCAAGAUCCCGUGGAAGAUGUGCGGCUGCUACCUCUCCUCUGGAGGCUUCUUCAUGGUCUUCCUCAUGGUUUCCUCCAAGCUGCUCAAGCACUCGGUCAUCGUUGCCAUUGACUACUGCCUGGCUCUCUGGACUUCCACCAAUAAGACGAAAGCAAGCCUUCAGACCACCGCAGCCAAUCAGACGCCAGCAUUCCUGCAGAACUGGACCGCAGCCAAUCAGACGCCAGCGUUCCUGCAGAACUGGACCGACUCCUUAAACUCCACCGAUGUUUCUCCUCAGCAGAACGUGUACUACCUGCACGUGUUCUUCGUCCUCUGUGCGGCGGGGAUCACCUUGUGCCUCAUCACCUCCCUCUCUGUGGAGUUUCUGGGUCUUUCUGCUGCCACCAACCUGCAUCACAACCUGCUCAAUAAGAUCAUCCACGCCCCCAUCAGGUUUUUUGACGUCACUCCUUUGGGGCAGAUCCUCAACAGGUUUUCUGCUGACACCAACAUCAUCGACCAGCACAUUCCUCCGACCCUGGAGUCUUUGACGCGGUCGACCCUGCUCUGCCUGUCCGCCAUCGGGGUCAUGGCUUCCAUCACUCCCAUUUUCCUCGUACCCUUGGUUCCCCUCGCCGUCGCCUUCUACUUCAUUCAGAAGUAUUUCAGAGUCGCCUCCAAGGACCUGCAGGACCUGGACGACUCCACCCAGCUGCCUCUGCUCUGCCACUUCUCUGAGACCGCCGAAGGCCUCACCACCAUCAGAGCUUUCAGACACGAGGCGAGGUUCAAGCAGCGCAUGUUGGAGCUGACGGACACCAACAACACCGCCUACCUGUUUCUGUCUGCUGCCAACCGCUGGCUGGAGGUCCGAACGGACUACCUGGGCGCUGUGAUCGUCCUGACGGUGGCCGUCGCCUCCAUCUGGACCUGUCGGGACGACGCCAAAGGCCUGGUGGGCCUCGGCCUGACCUACGCCCUCACGAUCACCAACUACCUGAACUGGGUCGUGAGGAACUUGGCCGACUUGGAGGUCCAGAUGGCAGCGGUGAAGAAGGUCAACAGCUUCCUGGGCACGGAGUCCGAGAACUACGAGGGAUCGAUGGACGCCUCUCAGGUCCCUGAGAACUGGCCUCACGACGGCGAGAUAAAGAUCCACGACCUGUGUGUGCGCUACGACCCCAUGCUCAAGCCCGUGCUGAAGCACGUCAACGCCUACAUCAAGCCGGGCCAGAAGGUGGGAAUCUGCGGCCGCACCGGCAGCGGGAAGUCCUCUCUGUCGCUCGCCUUUUUCAACAUGGUGGAUAUUUUUGAAGGGCGGAUCGUCAUCGACGGGAUCGACAUCUGUAAGCUUCCCCUGCAGACGCUCCGGUCUCGACUCUCCAUCAUCCUGCAGGAUCCGGUUCUGUUCAGCGGCUCCAUAAGGUUUAAUCUGGAUCCAGAGCGCACGUGCACUGACGACCGCCUGUGGGAGGCGCUAGAGAUCGCUCAGCUGAAGAACCUGGUCAAAUCGCUUCCUGGAGGACUCGAUGCCGUGGUGACAGAAGGAGGGGAAAACUUCAGCGUCGGGCAGCGGCAGCUCUUCUGUCUGGCCAGAGCCUUCGUCAGGAAGAGCAGCAUCCUCAUCAUGGACGAAGCCACGGCGUCCAUCGACAUGGCGACGGAAAACAUCCUGCAGAAAGUCGUGAUGACGGCGUUCGCAGACAGAACCGUCGUUACGAUCGCACACCGUGUCCACACCAUCCUAACCGCUGACCUGGUCAUUGUGAUGAAGCGAGGAAACAUCCUGGAGUACGACACACCGAACACUUUGCUGGAGCAGGAAGACGGGAUGUUCGCUUCCUUCGUCAAAGCCGACAUGUAGACUCCAACAGCCGACGGAUCGGUUUGAUCCUCGACUCUUCGGUUCAAACUCCUUUUUGCAACGAGGACACACAGAAACAUCACGUCUACACCGACGACGCAGCAGGAAGCUGUGGACAAGCUGAAACCUGUCGUGUUAAUCCAGUUAAUCUCAUCUUGGAUCAGCACCAUGCUCACAAUCUGUAGGAAAAGUCUCACAUUGAACACAGACGUCUCGUUACUUCAGUUAGUUUUAUACGUCAUCUCUAAAGGUUUUGGGGUUUUCAGUAAAACCUCAGUUAUCAGGAGUUUGUUAGUAAUUAGAUCUACUAGAUGAAUAAAGAGGUAGAAUAAAUUCAAACCCCAAAUUACCGUAAAGUCUAGAUAAUUUAGCCUAAAUCUUAGUUGUGCAUUUUCUACAAAAAAAUAAUAAUUUAUACACAAAAAAUGUGAUUAAACCUGAAAGUGGAGAAUUAAAAUAAAAUUACUACGUUAAAAGCUGUGGUUCCUUGUGUGGUAAUAAGUUUGUCCAACAUUAGUAGCGGGUGGGCAGUGCUAACUAAAAAGCUAGCUGUGCUAACCCUAAACCACUAAUCAUAAACAUUAGCUCUGCUAACGCUAAGCAGCUACACCAGCCGGGUAUUUAAUGCUAAUGCUAACCGACUGUGUGUCAAUAACAUGAGCUACAUCGUAGAAUAGCGCCCUCAACUGGAUCAAGUUUGUCAUUACACACUUCUGUUUACGCUACAGGAAAAGAUUUGAAACAAACGUCUCACUCAUGCUUUCAGUUUUAUGGUUGCUAUGCUAACUCUGCUGCAUAGGCUAAAGAGUUUCCCCCACUUCAAAGUCGUUAGCCAAACAGUCAGCAAUUAAAACUUCACUCACAUGUGGAGCUUUAUUUUAAUUAGCUCCACGAUUAGCCGGGACACUCCGGCUAAUUGGCUUCUCCAAUCUAGAAUGUUGUCCAUAUUUCUCUAUGAAUUCUUCUUAUUCUUGGUUUAACGACCAAUAAAAAUGCCUCCCAAUAUGUCCAAGAUUAAGACUGACAUGCGGUUAAUUACAUUUAUUUUGUUUUAUUUCUUGUUUUCAGCAGAUUCUACAAAAAACAAAGGUUGAAUUACUCCAGAUAGAAUCCAAGAUUUAUCGUCUUUGAACUGCAAACACACUCAGGAAGACGUGCGUUAAUCCGCCACGUUAAAUAGUCCCAGAUGAGCUCAGUGUUUCUUUUAAGGUUUUAAAACCUGCUGUCACUGGAUUUUGUGCCUCUUGGAUUUUUAAACAUUUAGUGAAAUUUACCCUGAUUUUGGUGAUCCCGGACGAGCCCCCACUUGUUUUACCUCUUUGUCUUGCUGAGUUUGUGCUUUUAGGACCUUUUGUGACGUCAUUCUUUUUAAACUGUUUAACUUUUACAUCUUGCAACACUUUUACACUUUUAUCAGUUUUUACACAGAUGCUAAGCAAUAAUAACGCAGAAGGUUUGAAUGUUGGCUGGUGUUUAGUGCUUCAUGCUGUUUUUCUCACUGUGAAGGAAGUUUUUAUUUUGUUUUACUCUCAUGUUUGUUGUAAGGUUCUGCCGCAGAAAUACGACUGACCUGGUUCCUCGUGAGGAGGAAGAGGAUGAAGCCUGAGCAGCAGAUUGUUAAAUGUUUGGUUUCACUGUCUGUUAGUGACUCAGGACCAGAAACUGUUUUCAAACAAAAAAGGUUGAUAAUUACCUGAAAAUAUUCCCUCUAAUCUUCUCAGUUUGUCAUGAUUACUUACCAUGAAGCAGUUUUUGAUAUGGGCAGUUGUCCAGGGCGGCAUCAGGAAGGGGAGGACAUGAGCACAAUAUAAGAAAGUUGGUACUUUAACAUGUUAACUUUAAUUAAUUACAAAGACUGGGUAAAAAUUUUAACACAAAUAAUCGUUUGUUGUUCUUUUUU